AUGACAGCCACAGAGGGUGUGGAAGCAACCAAGGGCAGAGCAAGGCAGUCAGUUUUCUGGCCUGGCAUUGACUCUGAUAUUGCCAACACAGGUCAGAGCCUUGUGAGGCAUGUCAGACAUUGCAGCCAUCUCAGCCGAGGAAAACCUCUAAGAAUGACGACAACCCGACAAGACCCUUCAGAGUCUGUCUCAGCCGACUUCUUUGUUGUUGCAGGGAAGUCUUUCCUUGUCGUCGUCGAUCGCCUGUCAGGAUGGCCUGUUGUCGCACCCUGCCAAGGCGAUACUACCGACUUCCAAUACUAUCAGGAUUUCUUCCUGCCGCUAUCCUGUGAAGUUGGUGUCCCCCUUCCUUCGCCUAAGGACAGAUGGAGGCCCCCAAUUCACCAGCGCAGAGUUCAAGGAUUUUAUGAAGCGAUGGGGAGUUCGACACAUGGUACCUCACCCCACUACCCACAAUCAAAUGGUCACGCUGAAGCCGCUGUGAAGUCGAUCAAGCACCUCAUCCUCAAAACAGCCCCCAUCUGGCAACAUUGA